AUGACAUUACUUGGGAAAGAUUUGUCAAGAUUACGACGUGAAAGAAAAAGCAAGAAUUUUUCCAUGAAUACUUCAAUUCGUGUUGGAUUAUUAACGCUUUCAGCAAUUCGAGAACUUCAUGAAAUAUUUGUCAUUUCAAGAGAUAUUAAGCCAAGUAAUUUUGCAUUAGGUAUUAGCAAAGAAUCCAGAAAUAUUUAUAUUUUUGAUUUUGGACUCUCUCGAUUCUAUAGAAAUCAGGAUGGAUCAAUUUUACCAGCAAAACGUCGUACGGGUUUUCGUGGAACAACACGAUAUGCUUCACUACGAGCACAUCAAAAACUUGAGCUUGGUUUGUCCUUCCAUCAAUGUUUCAUUUCCGGUCGACGAGAUGAUUUGGAAUCAUGGCUGUAUGUAAUGGUUGAAUUAUCUAGUGGUACUUUACCAUGGAGAACACCGAAAAGUGAAGUUUAA